AUGCAAAUGAUGAUUAUGCUCUUGCCGAAUAUUGUCGAACGCAUUGAUAAUUGCGAUACAGUGCUGGACUUUGGUGCGGGACCCACUAUUCAUGUUUCGGCAGAAAGCCAGCAACGUGAGUACUUUUCAAAAAAUCUUUGUGCCUCACAUCUACGGACCGAAUUGCACUUUAAAAUAGUAGAGUUCAAGGGCAUGCAGACUUAUUUUAAUUAA